UUUCAGAAAUCAAAAUGCGGACGUUGAUGCUCAUUAUACUCUCAAUUUUAAUAUAUUUAUCGUCUGCAAAACCAGUUUUCGGUCCGAUCGGAGUCGUUGAAAAGCACAAAAUCGCCAAAAUGCUGCAGAACGAACAAAAAUCAUUGCAAAUGCUUGAAGAGGAACAAGCUCUUUUGGAAAAAGUCGUGGAAACUUUAAGUAACGAUAUUGAAGAGAAGGAGGAAAAGAUUGAGAAGUUGAGAAGAUCAUAUACAAAUGGAAAUGGUGCAUUAGCAAACAUUUAUGAAGACUAUCGUAGUGGUUUCAAGAGUGGAAUCGGUGCUCGUCCAGGCCGAUGAGAGCAUCUUUUCUCUCAAUUGCACAACAUUCACAUUCAUCACAUCAUUUAACAAUUUUCAACUGAUCGUCUUCAAAUCAUUACGGGUUAUCACAUUCACGACGGAUCUCUGUUCCACAUAAUAAAUAAAAGAUCGUCUAAUAUUUUUUAUUUGAAUAAAAACUGUUGAAGCUUUA